AUGAAGGACUUGGCGGGGCUGGGGCACUUGUUCGUGGUGGCAUUCCUCUUCCACUUCUCCUCCUUCAUGGUGCUCCCGGCGAUCACCGACGUGACCAUGGAGGCCGUCUGCCCCGGCCGCGACGAGUGCUCCGUCGCCAUCUACCUCAGCGGCUUCCAGAACGCCAUCACGGGGCUGGGGGCUCUGGUGGUGACUCCGAUCGUCGGGAAUUUGUCGGACAAGUACGGCCGGAAGGCGCUGAUGACGCUGCCGGUGACCGUCGCCAUUUUGCCUCUCUUUAUAUUGGCGUGCAACCGAUCGGAGGUGUACUUCUACGCGUACUACGUGAUGAAGAUCCUCGCCGGGAUCUUCUGCGAGGGCAGCAUCCACUGCCUCUCGCUUGCUUACGUGGCGGACCACGUAGGGACCAAGAGGCGGGCGGCGGCGUUCGGGCUCCUCUCAGGCGUGUCGGCGGCCGGCUUCCUCUCGGGGACCCUCACCGCGCGGUUCCUCACCACCUCCUCCACCUUCCAGGUCGCCGCGGCCGUCGGUGCAGCGGGAGCCAUCUACCUCAGGGCGUUCGUCCCGGAUUCCGGCGCCGCUGUCUCCUUCCAUGACGAUGCCUGCGAUCCCCUGCUCCAAGGCUCGUCCUGCUCCUCUGCGGCUUCGUCUUCCGCUUCCUCCGACGAAGAGCUGUCGCCAAGGCUUCCGCCCUACAAGGGCGUGCUGCCGUCGCCGUCCGACAUGGUCGCGCUUCUCACUGGCAGUUUGACCUUGUCAACGGCAGCAAUGAUUACUUUCUUUUACAGUCUCGGUGAACACGGACUUCAGACUGCAUUACUGUACUACCUCAAAGCGCAGUUUGGUUACAGCAAAGACGAGUUUGCUAAUCUAAUGCUGAUUGCCGGUGCUGCGGGAAUGAUCUCACAGUUAACAGUAAUGCCAAUAUUUGCUCCAAUCGUUGGUGAGGAGAUGCUACUUAUUGUUGGGCUGUUAGGAGGAUGCACUCAUGUUUUCCUAUAUGGCAUCGCAUGGUCGUACUGGGUACCAUAUUUUGCUGCAGCGUUUAUAAUUUUGAGUGCUUUUGUUCACCCAUCUAUAAGGACCAAUGUGUCAAAAAGUGUUGGAUCAAAUGAGCAGGGAAUUGCUCAAGGUUGUAUAUCUGGAAUUAGUUCUUUUGCCAGCAUAUUAGCUCCACUUGUCUUUACUCCCUUGACAGCAUGGUUCCUUUCAGAAACAACACCAUUCAACUUCAAAGGCUUCAGCAUUAUGGUUGCUGGUUUUUGUACGCUCAUUGCCUUUGUCAUCAGCAUUAGGAUGCGCGCAGCGAGAUGUGGAGUUAGCGAGAAAGUGAGCCUUGUGCAGCAUGAGCAAGCAUGA